AUGGAUAGUGACCAGGUCACUAGUCAUAGGUCUGAGUCUCCCUCACCUGAUGCUGAAGGGUUAGGUAGACGUCGACGCAGAGCAUCUGAUAGUGAUGUUGACGAUGGACAAGUUUGUAAGGCUAUCAAGAUUCAACAAAGCAAAGGAAGACUGAAGGCCGCUGAUUAUGAACCAUCAGUUCAUAGUAUCUUUGGUGUGGCCUGGGCACUCUAUUGCGGCUGUCUAUGUACUAAGGACCCUAUGCCCGAUCGCAUGCAGGAGGUCACUUGGGCAAAGUUGGCAUGGAACGAAGCAUGUAAGAGAUUGAAUACUUGCGUUGCAUAUGAUGCAGAGAUUCUAAAAAUGAUCACUUCUCGAGGCUCACACCUUCAUGGCGAGGUCAAGACCAAAGUCCGGCCAUAUGUGGCAGAUGAGUAUGGGUUUGAGACGAGUACUAAGCAAUCUGUCAUUGAUAGAAACAUUGCACUCACAUGGGAACUCAAGAAAGAUUUCGCCUUUGUUUACAAGACUCGCUCUGCAAAUGGUAACAAAGGCCUAUAUGGUGCGAAGAUUAUCCAGAAGGGUGUCAACACAAUAUGGUUCCGUGAUAAGAAAGAUGAGGGAGUCUUAUAUCCUGAGUUUUACAAGCCGUUUCCGGAGGUUGGACUGGCAUUGCUCUUGACUGCGAUUGAAAGCUGCAUCGACGAAUGGAGCAGUGGUGCUCAAACAAACAAAAUGUUCACAGUCAAUGAGUAUCAGGAUGUCCUGGAUGAACACCUCACCAAUCUCGCAGACUUCGAUGAGCACACCAAGGCUCAGGGCCUGCUACCAAAACUGUUGUCUCGUCUUCAUGACAAUGGCCGGUGA